AUCGCGACAAGAUGCGUUUGAAAAUCCAGCAAAAAUCUUUUGGACGUGUCUCCCGGCAGCAGCCGGAGGGAGGGCAAAGAAGAUAACAAGCAGGAAAGACCAUUCCGAUUGAUUGAGGCAGCUUGAUCAAGGGGGCAACCAAACAUAGCUACUUGUAGUACUAGCUAGCCUGGCCUGUCAGCAAAAGACUAUAGCAAGCACGAUACAGAACCGUUCAAGACACCGCUGGGUAUUAUUAUCUAUCUGGCACCAAGGGUAUCAUUAUUUCCAACUUUCACCAGGUCCUUGAGAUCCCAUAAACGCCCUAAUACUGCAACAAAGUAACUAACCUACAACAAACAAACAAGUUAUCAUUCAACUCUGCGAAGCGCUUUAAAGCAAGAUGGCAGAACCUGUGGUGGUCCAAGGCCAAGAAGUGAACUAUGGCAGUGCUACCAAUGUCCAGCACCAUGAGCAACAGGCAAAAUGUCAAGAUCCCCUAUUUGCUCCACUCUUUUACAUUGACAUCAUUGCGAUUGUAGCAGUGGCCAUCCUCCGCGGCGAAGGUGCCUUGAACAGUCAAUACUUUUCUGAAGAAUAUCAAGGAUACUAUUAUUCUGCCCUUCUUGGUGGUGUGGUGGGGUUGAUCCUGUCCGGCCUCGGACUCCAAGUCAUGAUGUGUAUUCCGGAAACCCUCAUCAAGGCAUCACUCAUUUUCACUGUGAUCAUGUCGGCAUUCGUGAUGGUUGUGGCAUUCCUGAAUUCGAAUUGGUUUGCAGCCAUAUUGGGAGUUCUAUUCUUCCUGUUGACCUGCUGUUACGCGUAUUGCGUAUGGUCGAGAAUCCCAUUUGCGACCAUCAAUCUCGUCACAGCCAUUACAGCUGUCAAGGCCAACUGCGGAAUCACGGUUGCUGCUUAUAUCUUUACCAUCAUUGCUUGUUUCUGGUCCUUUAUCUGGGCCAUUGCCAUGCUGGGAGUUUUCGAUUCUGCCUACACGUGUACUAACUACGAAACUAGAACCGGUUGUACUGUUUCAGGUUCAGGGUAUGGAUAUCUGUUUCUCCUGUUCUUGGCAUACUUCUUCGGUCAUCAAGUCUUUCAGAACACAAUCCACGUUACCAUUGCUGGUGUGGUUGCUACUUGGUGGAUUGCGCCAGAUGAAGCCAGUUCUUGUUGUUCCUCGGCCAUCUGGGAUAGCUUGAAGCGAUCCUUGACCACCAGUUUUGGUUCGAUUUGUUUUGGGUCGCUAUUGGUGGCCAUUAUCCAAGCCUUGCGAGCGUUGGCCAAUACCGCCCGGUCUCAGGAUGAUGGAAUACUCCUUUGUCUCGCUGAGUGCAUUCUGGCUUGUAUCCAAGGUUUGAUUGAAUACUUCAACAAGUGGGCAUUCAUCUAUGUUGGCGUUUAUGGCAUGGGCUACUGUGAAUCUGGAUCCAACGUGAUGCAGUUGUUCGCCAACCGUGGUUGGGAAUCGAUUAUUGCCGAUGAUUUAGUUGGAAACACGCUGUUUCUGGUCAGUCUCGUGGUUGGUGGUCUGACGGGAGCUUUGGGUAUCCUAAUAGAGUGGUUGGCUGGUUGGAUCGACGAAGAUAAUCCGGGAGAUUCGAAAUUGAUGGCGUUUGGUUUGGGCUUUAUCAUUGGUGUGGUAUUGUGCAGUAUCCUGAUGAGUGUCAUUGCCAGUUCUGUGAAUGCUGUCUUGGUGCUGUUUGCCGAAAAGCCUGCUGAGUUUCAACAAAACCACCCUGACUUAUCGGCAAGGAUGAGGCAAAUUUGGUCGGAAAUCUACCCCGGAAGUGUUUAGGGCCGUACCGUCCCCCCACUACCGUACUUUUGGGCAGCUGCCUUCCGGCAACACAAUGUUUCUUUUUGCAACCAAACAACCACUCCUGGGUAGGUAAAAGCGGGAUAACCUACUGCAGGGUGGAAAUGUAUGUUUUGGACGUGUAUCCAUGGAAUAAACGAUUGACAACAACCUGUGAUUUUACAGACAAGAAGGUUCCACGCGACAAUCAACGAAGCUCCAGUCUCCUUCUUCAAACCCUUAUUUAAAUACUAGUCGUAAUCUUCUUCGUCUAGUGUAAUUUUGUCUUCUG